GGCAAUUAUUGUCGCCAUAACGAAUAUCGUUUAUCGCUAUAAAUGGAACAUAAAAAUAAUAAAUGAAAUCAUUUCCAGAUUGAAGAAAGUAGUAACAUAUGGCUUCACUUUUUGCUCAUUCGUUUUUGACCGUUCGUUGCUAUUCAAUAUUAAAAUAAAACUUUAAAAUCAAAUGGCUACAAAAAUUGAGGACAUGCAAAAUAUUUCUAUAAAGGAAAGACCUAUAGAAUUGGAGUAUAGUAUUCAUUGGAACAAAAAGCUUGGUUCAGGAAUUAGUGGACCAGUAAGAUUAUGCACUAACAAGGAAACUGGUGUCAAAUUUGCCAUGAAGUGUCUCACUGAUUCUUCAAGAUCAAGGCAAGAGGCCAAAGUCCAUUUUAUGUGUAGUGGACAUCGUAAUGUUGUUAAUGUUGUGGAUGCUUAUGCUAACACAAUGGCAUUACCAGGGGAAACAAGACCGAUAGCAAGAAUAUUUUUGAUAAUGGAAUACAUGGAAGGUGGCGAACUAUUUGAGAAGAUCAGAAACCAUGUAUACUUUACAGAGAAAGAAGCAAGAGAGGUUGCCAAACAGAUAGGUAUUGGUCUUCAACACAUUCAUUCCUUCAAUGUGGCUCACAGAGAUUUAAAACCGGAAAACUUAUUACUGAAGGAAAAAACGGAUGCUAUUCACGUGAAGAUUUCCGAUUUUGGUUUUGCAAAAGUGGACCGAGGUGAUCUUGUUACACCUCAAUUUACUCCAUAUUAUGCUUCCCCUCAGGUACUUGAAGCUCAAAAGUACUUGCGUGCACAAAAAAGCGGUAAAUAUCCUUACUUAAAGAAGCCAUACACAUACGAUAAGGCUUGUGAUCUAUGGUCGCUGGGGGUGAUUAUUUACGUAAUGUUGUGCGGUUAUCCCCCGUUUUACUCAGAUGUUCCUAGUAAACAAAUGUCACAUGCGAUGAAACGAAAAAUUGCUUCUGGGGAAUAUGAUUUUCCUGAUAAAGAAUGGGCAAAAGUCUCUGAUCUGGCCAAAGAUUGUAUUAACAAAUUGUUGUGUGUUGAGCCGAAUCGCAGGAUGAACAUUGAUCAAUUUCUGGAUCAUUCCUGGAUUCUGAACGACAAUAUUCCAGAUACAGUUUUAUUUACUCCAAAGAUUAUAGCUGACGAGGAAGCUUUUAAAGAUGCCAUGGAUGGUCAUGCGGUUGAGUUAACAAAUAUGAGACUUGCUAUUAGACAAAUUCGGUUAAAGCCUAUCGAACAUUCAAAGAAUCCUACAUUAAUGAAAAGAAAAGCAGUUAAUUUUGCCACAAAUGAAAACUUUCUCAUGAAACAGAAACCGAAUGAAAACGAAGAGAGCUCUGAACUUUCCUUACAAGAUAAUUCAGCGUUCACUUUAAAGGCUUUAAAAUCUCUUCGAGAUAUCAUUGCUUAUUGCCUAAUGAUGAAACCGGUCCAACCAAAUCCCAUUCUUGAAAAGUUUCCUGGUGACGAAUUGACUGGUUUAGUUCUUGAUGCUUUGGAGAAAACGCAAGGCAACGAAUCCAUUCGAAAUGCCUUUAUGACGGAAUCUUGGGAUGGUGAAAAGUUUACGUCAUCUGUUAACAAGUCGAGAUUAGCGAAAGCUCUUAGUGAAAUUAUGCUGCAAGCAGAAAGAACGUCCGGUGUUUAGACCAAUAAAAUGAGAUAGAAUAGAAAUUUGUCGAAAUGGUUGGAUGUUUCAUUCCUAUUUCGACUUUAACAGGUGAGAACUUAACCUGUUUGAGUCAAAUCAUCUUAAGAAAUUGUAUAGAGUAAAUCCACAUGUAUCAAUUAACCAAGUAGGUUAUUUUUAUCCCAUAAAGUCCCAUCAAGUCUUCGUCGUAAUAAUUAGAUAUUGUCAGUAAGGUUGCCAGACACCUCACUAUAAAGGUUUGUUUGUCCGUCUGUUAUCAUUAAAAUGACAUUAAUUAAAUAUGAACUUCA